ACAUCCCACGAGCUUUACACCUCUUUUAUCCUUAUCUCCUCUGCAUCUCCCACUCUUCAAUUAUUCCUCCCAUUUCCACUCUCUCUUCCUCUCUGAUCAUUUUCCUUUGGUUUCUCAUAUUCAAACUCAUUAACAAAUAAACUUUCAUCCAUAACCAUAAUAUUAUACUGUUAUACAUACAAUUAAAUGGCGCUUGAGACUUGGCUGAUAAAGGUAAAGACUGCCAUAUCAAGCAGUUUCGACGUAGUAAGAUCCUCUCCCCACCAUCACCAUAAUAAUCAUCGCCAUCACCAUCAUCCGAAGCCGGUGAAGAAGUCAAAUGUCGGCGUUUUGGCCUUCGAGAUCGCGGGCCUGAUGUCGAAGCUGAUCCACCUAUGGCAGUUCCUUUCCGACAAGAACAUGAUCCGCCUCCGCAACGACUCCAUCUCUCUGGAAGGCGUCCGCAAGAUCGUCUCCAACGACGACGCCUUCCUCCUCAGCCUCGCCUGCUCCGAGACCCUCGAGAAUCUCCGCCUCAUUGCCAAAUCCGUUGCCAGAAUCAGCGCCAAGUGCGAGGACGCCACUCUCCGAAACUUCGACCGCCUCUUCCACGACUUCGCCGACUCCGGCCGGGACCCCCACGCCUGGGUCCUCACCUGGAAAGACAUGGAGACCAAGCAGAAGAAGAUGGACCGCUACAUCACCGUCACCGCCACGCUUUACAGAGAAAUCGAUGAGCUCUCAGUCAUGGAGAGCACUCUCAGAAAGGCCUUGCAGAGCUGUGGUACUAAUAUCAAUGGAGAUCUUCAGUACGAGAAUAAUUCGAUCAAGGACCAGAAAAUCAUCGAUCUUCAGCAGAAGAUUCUGUGGCAGAAACAAGAGGUUAAAUACCUAAAGGAGAGAUCUUUAUGGAGCCGAAGCUUCGACACAGUCACUUCCGUUCUCGUCAGAUCGAUCUUCACCAUUCUCGCCAGGACGAAGCUCGUCUUCGGCAUCGGAUCACCGAAUUCCCCGGUCCCACCUUUCUCCCUUCCCCGAAGCCUUUCCGCUUCUGCUACAGUCCAUCCAUCCGACCAAAACCCGACAUGCCACGGCCAUUACGUUUCCGGGCCGCUAAUCCGGUCCACUGACCAGCAAAAGCCCGGCGCAAGCCCAAGAAAGGAGUCCAACACCGCCAAUGGGCCGUUAUUCUUCGAGUCGAACUCGAAGCUGCUGAAGCCGCCGGCGACGACGCUGGGCGCGGCGGCGCUAGCGAUUCACUACGCGAAUCUGAUAAUCGUGAUGGAGAAGAUGAUAAAAUCGCCGCAGCUUGUGGGCGUCGACGCGAGGGACGAUCUGUACUCGAUGUUGCCGAGCAGCGUGCGGGUGGCGCUGAGGGGGAGGCUGAGGGGCGUGGGGUUCUCGGCGAGCGACCCGGUGCUCGCCGGAGAGUGGAGGGAGGCGCUGGGGAGAAUCCUGGCGUGGCUUUCGCCGCUCGCACACAACAUGAUCAAGUGGCAGAACGAGCGGAGCCUCGAGCAGCAGAAUCUCGUGCCCAAAACGAAUAACGUUCUUCUUUUACAAACCCUCUUCUUCGCCAACAAAGAGAAGACUGAAGCCGCCAUAACCGAGCUUCUCGUCGGGCUUAACUACAUUUGGAGGUUCGAGAGGGAGAUGACCGCGAAGGCGUUGUUCGAGUGCAACAACAUAAACUUGCUCAAUUUGCAAAGUUCCACGUUUAAAUAACUUUUGUUUUUUUUGUUUUAGUUUUUAUGGUUUUAAUUUUAUGGUGGUUGGUUUUGGAUCGAGGAGUAAUUUUCUGAUCUUUGAGGGGCAAUGAGUUUUGAGUUCGACCCUGAUCAUAAUAUCUGUAUAUUGGG